UUACAAGGAGGUAAGUCACUUACUAAGUAUGAGUGGACCCCUAGAGCGUGUUGUGAAAGAGGAGCUUGGGCUGUCGGUUCUGAAGGGGACAGGGGUGUCUGGGGGUGGCUGUAUCAACCAGGGAACUGCCUAUGACACUGACAAGUAUGGCCGAGUCUUCAUAAAGGUCAACUCUAAAUCUGGGGCUCGUACUAUGUUUGAAGGGGAGUUUGCCAGUUUGGAGGCUCUUGCUGCCCCAGGCAUUGUCAGAGUCCCAAAACCUAUCAAGGUUAUUGACCAGCCCAGUGGGGGUGCAGCCUUGGUGAUGGAGUACGUGGAGAUGGGAGGAGGGUUACACAAGUAUGCUGCACAGCUCGGGGAACAGCUGGCCAGGCUGCAUCUCCACAACGGGAGCCUAGAGAGUGCUGCCAGGAUGGCAGAGAGCAACGUUCACAAGCUUGAGGGCGGGCCUCAUUACGUUGGAAAGUUUGGAUUCCAUGUGAACACCUGCUGUGGCUACCUUGAGAUUGACAAUACAUGGCGCGACAACUGGCAGGAGUUCUAUGCCAACAUGAUAGAGAAUCAUGUUAAAAUGGUUGAAAAAAAUGCAAGUGACCGCCAGGCAAGAGAGUUAUGGAACAAGGUGCUGCCGAAACUGCCCAGGUUCUUCGAUGGUGUUGACAUAAAGCCGGCCAUCGUUCAUGGGGACCUCUGGGGCGGCAAUGCUAGCGAGAACAAUGAAGGCCCAUUGAUAUUUGAUCCCGCCAGUUUGUAUGGCCAUUCUGAGUACGAUCUUGGAAUAAGUUACCUGUUUGGAGGAUUUAGCGGCAAAUUCUACGAGGCCUACCACAAGGUGAUACCGAAAGCCCCUGGGUUUCAGAUGAGAAAAGAGCUCUACAAGCUGUUUCAUUACUUAAAUCACUGGAACCACUUUGGAGGUGGAUAUCGCGGCUCAUCUAUCUCGACCCUGCAGGCAUGUGUUAACUCCGUGUACCCGUGACCCCAGGGGCCCAAUACAGGGGCUCCACACAAGAGCUUAAUCACAGGUGUGGGGGUGACCAAAGAGUCAUGUCACCAGAUGUACAAGCUGUAUACAGCUAGGAAUCUGAACUGUUGUUUCAAGCAUACCAGAUACGGACAUUUAAUUAACAAGCCUUGUGUAGAAUAUCGCUGCAUUACAUUGCUUACCAGCAUCAUAAUGUCAUGCAUAUCUGAUUUUGCUACUAUUCAGCGAGUUAACGUUGUGGAAACUUCCUUGCUGCUUAUUGUUCCAAGGUUUUGUACAGGUCUACUGAGAUAUUGAUGCAUUCACAACCUGUACAGUUCUACUGAGAUAUUGAUGCAUUCACAACCUGUACAGAUCUACUGAGAUAUUGAUGCAUUCACAACCUGUACAGGAUUACUGAGAUAUUGAUGCAUUCACAACCUGUACAGGUCUACUGAGAUAUUGAUGCAUUCACAACCUGUACAGGUCUACUGAGAUAUUGAUGCAUUCACAACCUGUACAGGUCUACUGAGAUAUUGAUGCAUUCACAACCUGUACAGGAUUACUGAGAUAUUGAUGCAUUCACAACCUGUACAGGUCUACUGAGAUAUUGAUGCAUUCACAACCUGUACAGGUCUACUGAGAUAUUGAUGCAUUCACAACCUGUACAGGAUUACUGAGAUAUUGAUGCAUUCACAACCUGUACAGAUCUACUGAGAUAUUGAUGCAUUCACAACCUGUACAGGAUUACUGAGAUAUUGAUGCAUUCACAACCUGUACAGGAUUACUGAGAUAUUGAUGCAUUCACAACCUGUACAGGUCUACUGAGAUAUUGAUGCAUUCACAACCUGUACAGGAUUACUGAGAUAUUGAUGCAUUCACAACCUGUACAGGAUUACUGAGAUAUUGAUGCAUUCACAACCUGUACAGGAUUACUGAGAUAUUGAUGCAUUCACAACCUGUACAGGAUUACUGAGAUAUUGAUGCAUUCACAACCUGUACAGGUCUACUGAGAUAUUGAUGCAUUCACAACCUGUACAGGAUUACUGAGAUAUUGAUGCAUUCACAACCUGUACAGGAUUACUGAGAUAUUGAUGCAUUCACAACCUGUACAGGAUUACUGAGAUAUUGAUGCAUUCACAACCUGUACAGGAUUACUGAGAUAUUGAUGCAUUCACAACCUGUACAGGUCUACUGAGAUAUUGAUGCAUUCACAACCUGUACAGGUCUACUGAGAUAUUGAUGCAUUCACAACCUGUACAGGAUUACUGAGAUAUUGAUGCAUUCACAACCUGUACAGAUCUACUGAGAUAUUGAUGCAUUCACAACCUGUACAGGUCUACUGAGAUAUUGAUGCAUUCACAACCUGUACAGGAUUACUGAGAUAUUGAUGCAUUCACAACCUGUACAGUUCUACUGAGAUAUUGAUGCAUUCACAACCUGAACUUUUAUGAUAAACAGAAAUACUUACAAACGAUGCGCCUUAAGCUUUGAUUCAUUUUUUUCCAUGUUAAAGGCUAGUGUAUAGGGGUUAAUUAUUGCUUUGUUUUCUGUUUCCAUAAAGUUAUAUAAACAUACCACGCUUGCUGCUAUAUAAGAUCAUCUGAAAGCUAUACCUUUGUUGGUCUAAAAGCAGAUAUAAAUAAUAGGGAAAAUGUUGUCUUUCUUUUUCCU